CAUUUCGUCCUCCAUUUCGUGGGGGCGCUGUUGUAGCAUAGAAAGAAGGGUCACGACGAGAAGCAAAACAUGAAGGCAAAGUGAAAAGCAUGAGAACAGUGGGGGUGAUGUUAUGAUGAAGAAUCCGCUCAAAGCUUGCAUCAUGGAGGUUGGAUUUAUUUUCAAGAUCCAUCAGCGUAAUUUGCUCAUGAAUUACGAAUUCUGUCAGAGUGCGUCCACUUUUUUUGUUUUUAUUUUUUAAAUUUGAACUGCGCAGUUCUACCAUGUUACUUCCGUAUAUAAUACAAUGGCAGAGAUUAUAGAUAUAAGCUCUGGAAGCGACGAGGAUUCUGAUGUAGAGAUUUUGGACAUUUUCAACGACGGCAAGAAUGACACAGAACCAUGUCUUGUCUGUGAGGAGAGUAGUACAUAUCCGAUAUGUAUUGACCUCACAGAAAAUGCCUGUAGUACCUGGGCUUUUGCGAUACAUGAUGGAAAGAGGCCGGGGCCCACAGUAGAACUGGUUGGCUUGAGAGAAAGCAGUCCCAUGGAAUUCAGUGGGGAGAUUCUCAAUGACAAGGAGAGGGUCACAGUCUCAGAGGAGAUAAUAAGUGACAAUACACCCUCCACUCCUAGCUCCUUAAAGUGGGAUGAAUUGGAAAUGUCCCCCACAUGCUCACCCAUUAAACUGGCCUGUUCUGACCCGUGUUCCCCAACUCUUUCGCCGUGCAGGUUCCCAAAGUACUCGCAAUUCAAACUGCCAAAUGGCGAGCUGCCCCUCUCACAGGAUAGCAAAGAAUCAGAAAAGGAAAACAAAGAAAGCCUGGCAUGUUUGAGUGACCACACCCCAGACAUCUCCAAUGCCUCUGAGUCUUUUGGUGCUGGCACCCACUGCUACUCCAGUGAUGGAGACCUGGCUGUGUUCUCAGAUGCCUCUAACAUGGAAGAGGCAGAUGGGAAGGUUACAUAUUCUGGUGGUUUUAACACACCACAUAUAGAUUAUUUCCCUGUGGAAAAGUCACUUCAUGACCAGAUGUCCCAAAAACCACAACAGUCCCCACAAAACCCAACUUCUGCCACCACUCAAGGGACUCUACAGAGUGGUGAACAGUCAUCUGAGAGAUUCUGCUGUGACAACAACUCUGUUGGGUCUCCCAGAAACCACACAGCUUCUCCGAAUCAGGAUAACCAGCACUUUACUGCAAAACAAGAUGAUGCUGAAUUACCUUGUGCCGUCAGUCCUCUUUCGAAUGAGAUGAAAGAUGGAGAACCAAGGAGCCCAACUUCCACAGAGAUUCUGGCUGGAGAUUCUCCUGACUGGCUGCAGGACGAUGCAGACCUUCCCUCCAACAGCCCCACCAGCGAAUGUGCCGUUGAUGAAAUGGAGAAAAGUUUGAGCUCUAGUGAUAAUUUCUCAAGCAGGAGUCCUCUACUGAGUCCGGAACUGGAAGAAAGUGGGAGCGAGGACUCGUCUGGCAGUGACUCGGAACAGGGUACACGGGACACCACUCGACAGGAGAGGCACUACGUGCAUCGAACUGAGCUGAAGAGAUUGAAGCUUCUCACAGGAAUGCCUCUCCAGGAUCUCUUUCCUGGGAAAGGGAUUGGGAAAGUUCAGGAAGAGGAAAGGGAGUAUGACCCUGAUCUGAGCCAGUCUGAUGACGACGAGGACGAUGGGACGGCACAGCCCAUAUGUCACCGGAGUUUGAGACUCGUUCAUACCACUAUGGAAGAGAAUUACCCUGAGGGCACUCUGCAGUUUGUAUUGGACUUCCUCCACCCUUGCUUUUACCCAACUGGUGAUAUUGUCUCCCAUGUUCUCCGCAAACUCCUCUUGGAAUCGCAGAGCUCUAUCCGGGUGACUGAGGCCUACAACCUACUCAUGAAGAUCCAACAGCUUCAUCCAGCUAAACAGUCUACAGUGCAGUGGGACUGGGAGCUUCUUUCAUCUGCAAUGGAUGAAAAGAAACACCCCCCAGCUGUGCUGAGCAUGCUUCUACACUACGUACUGCAAACCCUAGAGGAUGACUUUCAUCGCAGGGUGACACUGCAGGAACUACAUCGCUCCAUCGUGAAGGCAACACUCUCUUGUGACAGGAAGUUUGCAAAUGUCAGGGAUGUGGUCAACUGGCUUACAACUGCUGUCAUGAACUCCACCGCUGAACCUGAAGUGAACAAAAGAUUAAAUGAAGAGGAUACAGAGAGAAAACAGGACAGAGACAACUAUUUAAAAAUAGUGUUCCUUCUCCAAAAAAUGUUAGCCCUCGCUAUAGAGGUUGAUCGUUCCCCUACCUGCAGCUCCAGUAAACUCUCCAGGGAGAUGUUCCACACUCUCGUCAACACUGUUCCUCACCGGCACCACAGGUUACAGCUGCUGAAGACCAUGGAGAGCAAGCUCCUGCAGUGCAAGCUGCUCGAGCUACUACUGGAUCACGCCUGCCCCCAGAAGACCACAAUGCCCAUGUCACUGAGUCUCCUGCUGCACUUCCUGCAAAACACUGAGCUCCCUUUAGACCCUACAGAUGGCAAUGGAGACCGCUGGCUACGAUGGAACGAGCUGCUUGAGAUGUUGUUUAUGCUCUUUGUCAGUUAUGGGGAAGUCCUAGCAGGUCAUUUGAGGUACUCCAUCACAGAACGUGCCCGCUCUGGCACAGCGCCCAUCAAGAAUGACAGGAUCACCCAGGCAGCGGUUCAGGAGGCAGCUGAUGCUUUUUGUAAUAGAGUUGCCAGAGAUCUGGGUGAGCCUCUGAAUUCUCAACUGGAACAGCGAAUCCAUCUGCUUCAGUCUCUUCUCCAGGGAGCAGUUACGAAGGAAGAUGAAUUUUUUUAGAUUUUUUUUUUUAACCUUUUAUAAAUAUUUUUAAAUCUGUUAUAUAAAUUAUUGCCUUUUUUUAAAUUUGUCACACAGUUCACCAUCAAAGAAAGCCAACUACAGUCCGGUGGUUUUCUAAGUCACCUGCUUCUAAACACAAAGGUGAAACUGGCUUGUAGUCACGGCUGGAUCCUUACCUAUGGUAUUACUAAAGAAAACAAAAUGCUGUCCGUGUACAGUAUCCUUUUAUAAUUUUGCAUAAACAAUUAGUAUAUAACUUAUUUUAUAAAAGCUUUGGGGGCAAUUUAAGAGUGCCUUCUGCUGUUAAUAUUGAGAGCAACAUAUACACCAGAUGUCCAUACUUUUUAUAUAUUUUUUUUAGACAUUUUUGAUAGCUUAUCAACCUAAGCAUCAAAAAUAUGUACAGUUGAGAAUUUUUAAGCAUGAAUUUGCCCUUGUGUUUUAUAAAUGUACCGAGCUUCUAAAGAAGAAACUCAACACUUUUAACUGCCACAAACACAGGUAAAUUCAUUAUGCCAAAUAGCAUGUUAUGCAACAGUCAAAGCAUUGUCAAAAAAAUAAUCAAAAUGACACCAAAAACUUUUAAUCAACAUAAAAAAUCCAUAUCCUUUAUCUUCCAAAAAAAAUGCAGAGGGAUUUUUUUUAUACAUAGUAGAGCUGUACUGUGAAAAAGAAAAAUUAGGUAGGGAAAACAAGUUAUAGUGAGAUUUUUUUAAGAUUGUAAUUUAUGACCGUGUAUGUCCAGCUUUAAAAAAAAGUUUAUGUAAUUGCUAAAAUAAAUUGCUUUUAAGAAGUA